AUGAGCCGGCCUCCAGCAACAUUGCGCAAGGUCGGGCGCGUGCUUGUGCUACUGGCGCUCUUCUUGGUGUGUCAGCGAGCAACGCAGACGGCGCGGGCUUUGCUAGGAGCGGGGCCCGUGCAGUUUCCAAGGUCGGUUCCUCCGGGAAUAUGGGCACAGAACUUGCUGGUCGCACGCAGGGCCAAGGCUGAUGGCACUUUGGGCCGUGGUGAGGCCGAAGACCAUGAAGACGUCAAGGCCCCCAAAGAAAAGGAUGACGUGAAAGAGGCGACGACCGAGGUUUCGCGAAACAAGGCAGUGGACGAGGCUGCCUCAGCACAGACCGCUGACCCGGUCGAAGAUGCCAAGCAGGAGGAGCAGUUGCAGAAGACGGUUCAGGAGACAGGGCAGAUCAAGGAGGACAAAGGCUUCGACGAAUCCACCGAGAAGGACACUUUUUCACAGAAAUGUUUCGACAUGGCUGUGAAGAAAUGGGAAGGAGCCCAGAAGGAUCUGGAAGGAGCCCGGGAGGAUCGGGACUUUGCGCGCCAAAGGCUUCGGCUAGCCGUACAGAACCGCAACCAAAAAGAGAUCAAGGAGGCCACGGAGGCGUUCAACAAGGCCGAGUCGAAGGUUGACACGGCGAAGGAGGAGGCCGAAAGGGCCGAGAAGGAGGCCAAAAAGGCCAAUGAGGAGCUCGAGAAAGCCAAAUCAACAGCACCCCUUCAGGUUGAAAGCACUUUGACAGACUUGGCAUUGGUGGUGAAAGCAGCGGUAAAGGAAGCAAUGGUCACCGGGCUGACGGUCUCUCGGACUGCUCUGUGGAAAGACGCGUAUGGACCCGACACCAAAGAUCAAGAACUACGGGAACGCACCGGCGAGCCUGUCCUUGAUGGCAAACAACUAAGCAGUCUUACCGGGCAGAGCACGGAGAAGGACCUGGUGGCUUUCACUUUGCCCAUCUUGAGAUCGUUGUUCCCAGAGGACAAGAUCGUCGACUCGCAAAAUCGCCGUUGGCCUGAAAGCGGCUUGUCACCUGAUUUGUUUCGAUGUAUGGUGUACGAUGGCAAUGCAUCUAGUGGCACGCCGUACAAGGAGAUGCUCGAUUGUGUGUCUGUCUUUGAAGCGAAGUUGGCGAUCAAUGAUGACAGCCGUGGUCAGCUGUAUGAGUAUCUAUGUCGCCUUCCUUCCAAGCAUGCAAGGGGCAUGGUUUUCGAUAAACGCGGCUUUGAGCUGUACCACGUGGCUGGGCAACCUGGGAGCCGCAAAGCGCUCUUAGAAAGGAUUUGUGGGGCUUGGUCCGCUCCUGGAGGGAAAAAGCUCCUACGCGAUUUUCUUUCUCAGUACAAUCCAUGGGAACGGUUGUUGCGCCAAUCUCUGCGACAGGCUGGCGCUGUUCCCAUUGCUUUCCUAGGCAGCGGAGCAUUCGGACGUGUUUUGGAAGCGCAACGCAAGCGAGAUGAGGAAAUUGAACGGAUUGCCAUCAAGGCCGUUCUCGCAGUUGGCGUGCCAAACGGAUUUAGCCCCGGAGCAGAGGUCGAAGUCAUGAAGAGGGCCUGCCAGCAGGGCUGCCCAGUAGUGGCUCCUUCAUCAGACUGCAUCGAGGUCGUAGAAAGCGACAAGGUUUUGGGAUGGUUUCACAUCCUCGGUGAUGUUGGUACGCCGGUACCAGUCGACACGGCUCAGGCGAAGUGGCGAGACCUUGUCGAAGCCUUGCGCCAACUACACUUGAAAGGCUUCGUCCACGGAGACCCACGCCUCGCAAACGUAGUUUUGCUCGGUGACAAAUUUAAGUGGAUCGAUUUUCUGGGACAACCAGUUUUCACAAGGGCUUCGCAGGAGACGGACAUUCAGAUCCUCAUGACUGAUCUGGUUGGCCAAAAAGACCCGGUUCAGUUUGGCCAGCAGUUUGAUGGAUGGCCAAAAAAUUCAGCCUUCAUCGGUAAUGUGCUGCAGCCAUUGAUGUCUUCUGUCACAAGGUGA